AGCUUCCAUAUCUUGUCAUAGUCUAAAGGACAUUUCUCUUGUUGCAACAAGCAAGACAACAAAACAUCAAAGAAGAUUGCCCGGAGAGGUGAAAGAGAAGGAAAAGAUGGAGAGACAAGAAGAGCAGCAAAACAAGUCUAGAGUUGUGAAGAUAGACUCUGUUCAAUCCUGGGACUUCUAUUUUAACCUAGCUACCAAUCAAGGCUGCCCUAUUUUUGUACACUUCACUGCUGCAUGGUGUAUUCCCUCGGUGGCCAUGAACCCCUUUUUUGAAGAACUGGCCUUAACUUUCCAAGAUCUCCUGUUUCUCACCGUUGAUGUUGAUGAUGUUAAGGAGGUGGCAACGAGGAUGGAGAUCAAGGCAAUGGCAACAUUCUUAUUGAUGAAGGAAGGUACUGUGGUUGACAAGCUGAUUGGUGCAAAUCCAGAAGAGAUAAGGAAACGGAUUGAUGGUUUUAUGCAAUCCAAUCGUGCAUAUAUUGCGUAGGAUUGAUGCUUGUGAUGUUUAUACAUGUUCGAACGUGUAAAAUAGGGUGUUUAUAUUGUGUAUCGUCUUAUGAGUGUGAUUCCAAGCUUCGGGAAUGUGAUUGAGAAGUUGACUACUCUAGAAUU